GGCGCGGAGACAGGAUAAAACGCUGUGAGAAGCAGGAGUGUGUGAGAGAGAGGGGUACUGCUGACUGAGCCGUGUUGAGUUACCUGGAGUGAAGCCCUUUGUGGAUGGUGUAUACCGAACCUGGAGUGAAGCCCUUUGUGGAUGGUGUAUACCGAACCUGGAGUGAAGCCCUUUGUGGAUUGUUUAUUUUCGUUGUUGUGCGCUGCACAGUCUUUCUGUUGAACCUUUUUGAAAGUCAAUAAAGUAUCAGUCAGCAGUUGUUCGUCGACCCUGUCCUCUUCCUUCCCCCACUACGAACUUAACUGUGCUACACUGGUGCCGAAACCCGGGAAUGAAGACGGGAGCACGUCGCCAUGCAAGCAUUGUCCUCCACCCCAUUUGCGGACAUCAUCGCGUCCCUCGCGGUCCUGCACCGCGAACAACAACAGGCCCUGCUGGAGUUACGAAGCGAUCAGGAGCGGUGUUUCCAAGCCAUCUUACAGACCCAGCAGGAGGGCCGCGAGGCGUUCCGGAGCUGGAUUGACUGGGAGGUUCCCCGGGAGCCCACCGAGCAGCCAGCUUCUCCUCCUGCUUCUCUCCUUUCUCCGCGCCAACCAUUCAGCCCACUCUCUGCCACUGGAGCGGCGGGCAGGUCUGGGCCGGCCUGUUGGCGGUGUGGGGAUCCGGAUCAUUUCGUGGAUAAAUGUCCGGUUAUGGAGGUCGGGACAAUGAUCCGGGUCCCCGACGAUCCACAGGCCGCCCCUGGUCAAGCUGGCGGGUACCAAAUACCUACUGACGCGUCGGACAGGGGGCUGGGUGCUGUCCUGUCCCAGGAGAUAGAGGGUGAGGAGCGGCCGGUACUGUACAUUAGCCGUAAGCUCUCUAAGAGAGAAGCUAAGUACAGUACCGUAGAAAAAGAGUGUUUGGCUAUCAGGUGGGCCGUCCUCACCCUCCGCUAUUAUCUCCUGGGGCGGGAAUUCACUCUCUGUUCAGACCACGCUCCCCUGCAGUGGCUCCACCGCAUGAAGGAUACCAACGCGCGGAUCACUCGUUGGUAUCUGGCUCUACAGCCUUUUAAGUUCAAGGUGGUCCACAGGUCGGGUGUUCGGAUGGCUGUGGCCGAUUUCCUCUCCAGAAAUGGGGGAGGGGGGGGGGGGUUGCAGGCCGGACAGCUCCCCAGCCUGAGUCGGGCGGUGGGAUCAUAUCCUGCAGUCAUCCAGUGGGAUCAGUCACUUUGUGUCAUUUACCAGGGUGAAACUCCUCAUGAUGCUCAAAAGGAGUUUGACAGUUAG